AUGGGCGAUCUCGACCACCCUCAGCCCUCAGCGGCGUCAACCAAUGGCCAUGUCAGCAAAAACAGUCAAACAUUAUCAUGGCAAACAGCCCACCUCAAAACCCGCCCAAACUCCUUUUCAACAGACAUCCUCGUCACAGGCGGUGGCCUAGGCGGUGUCGCUGCAGCUCUGGGGGCUCUCCGCCGAGGCAGCCGUGUCUUGCUUACAGAGGAAUACGACUGGUUAGGCGGCCAAUUGACCAGCCAGGCUGUGCCGCCGGACGAACACACUUGGGUCGAGCAGUUUGGUGUGACGCGAUCUUAUCGCGCGCUGCGUGAUGGUAUCAGGCAGUACUAUCGCGAUAAUUAUCCGCUUACGGAGGAGGCGAGGAGACGACCGCAGUUGAACCCUGGUGCGGGACAUGUCAGCAAGCUUUGUCAUGAGCCAAGAGUCGCUGUGGCUGUUAUUGAGGCAAUGUUGAUGCCUUAUAUCGGCAGUGGACUUCUGGUUGUCAAGAAACGCGUCAAAGCUGUUUCCUGCGAGAUGGUGGGACAGGUCGUUCGAUCUGUGAAGUUCAGAAAGCUGGAUUCUGGUGAUAGCUUCACUGUUGAUGCGAAGUGUGUCAUCGAUGCGACGGAGCUAGGCGAUCUGCUACCGUUGACAAACACUCCCUACGUCACAGGCUUCGAGUCUCGCAAGGAUACUGGAGAGCCAAGUGCGCCGGAGGAAGCUCAGCCUCAAAACUCCCAAGCAGUCUCAAUUUGCUUUGCAGUGGAUCACAUCGAAGGUGAGGACAACACUAUUCCCAAGCCAGGGAAAUACGACUACUGGCGGAAAUGUCACCCAGACUUCUGGGGCGCGCCGUUACUCGGGCUCAAAGCACCACAUCCAAGGACUCUCGAGAUUGUUGAGAGAGAAUUUACUCCCAAUCCUAAUGAUGACCCAGCAUCAGUGAUUUCUGAUCAGCGCAAGUCCGGGGGAGAUAUGAAUCUCUGGACGUUCCGACGCAUAGCGGCCAAAGAUAAUUUUACAGCCGGAGCAUACCGAUCGGACAUCUGUUUGGUUAACUGGCCGAUGAUCGAUUACUUCGAGAAACCCAUUAUUGAUGUUUCAGAGGAUGAGCUACAAGAGUGUCUUGCAGAGGCUGCGUCUCUAUCAUAUAGCAUGUUGUAUUAUCUGCAGACUGACUGCCCCCGGGCCGAUGGAAAUGGCACAGGCUAUCCUGGACUGCGUUUAAGAGGGGAUAUCACUGGCACAGAACACGGUCUCGCAAUGGCGCCAUAUGUCCGAGAGUCACGUCGUAUCAAAGCCAUCACUACUAUUGUCGAACAAGAUCUCAGCCUCGAAGUGCGUGGUUCGAAGGGCGCAGUGCAUUACCCCGACAGUGUGGGCGUGGGCAUGUACCGCAUCGAUCUACAUCCCUCGACGGGUGGCGACAACUACAUUGAUGUUGCAUGCUGCCCUUUUGAGAUUCCAUUGGGAGCCUUGAUUCCGCUUGAGAGGCCCAACCUACUGGCGGCAUCGAAGAAUAUCGGAACGACACACAUUACCAACGGAUGUUAUCGGCUGCAUCCUAUUGAAUGGAAUAUUGGAGAAGCGGCUGGUUUGUUAGCGGCGCAUUGUUUGGAUAAGGGUUUGUCGCCGCAUGAGGUCCAGGGACAGAAGGAGGUGUUCAAGGAGUUUCAGGAUAUGAUUGUCAAAGAGGGCAUUGAAACAGAAUGGCCUGAUGUGUCAGGAUACUGA